CGCGCUCACGGCUGUGUGUGACUCAGUGAGAUUCAGCGCCGAUUAGGCGGACGUACACACACACAGUCAGCCAGCCUGCUACAACAGCGCCGGCUUUCGGCACGGGAACCACUGCUGCUCACCACCACAGCUGGCAGAAAUGUCCAAACUGGAGCAAAUCCUGAUCCUCGACCCGCCGUCUGACCUGAAAUUCAGAGGUCCCUUUACAGAUGUGGUGACCACCAACUUAAAGCUCCGCAACCCGUCCGACAGAAAAGUAUGCUUCAAAGUGAAAACAACAGCCCCGCGUCGCUACUGUGUGCGACCCAACAGUGGGGUCAUUGAUUCUGGUGCCUCAGUCACUAUCUCUGUAAUGCUGCAACCUUUUGACUACGACCCGAAUGAGAAAAGCAAGCAUAAAUUCAUGGUGCAGACCAUUUUUGCACCACCCAAUGCAGCCGACUUGGAAGCGAUGUGGAAAGAUGCAAAACCAGAGGACCUUAUGGACUCUAAGCUCAGAUGUGUUUUUGAAUUGCCUUCAGAAAAUGAUAAAAUGUCAGGUACCAUCACUGCAAGACUGACUCCCAGGCUGCGAAGCUAUACGGCUGACCAUGUGCCUCCCACCCCAGGAAAGUAUUUCACCCCUCUAGAGAGAAGGCAUCUGAGUGAUGGGAACUUGCUUAGGUUCAGGCCAGGCCAGAGACCAGGGAGUGACAGAGAGAGUCAGAAUGACAUAGACCCAACCAAAGCUGCACCAGUCCUUAACACCUCCAAGGGUGACAGCACAUCAGGAGCCAAGCCCAGCAGCCUGUCCCUGGAUGACACGGAAAUGAGGAAGCUGAUGGAGGAGUGCAAGAGGCUGCAGUCAGAAAUGGGCAAACUGGCAGAUGAGAACCGGCAACUCAAGGAUGAAGGUCUGCGGAUGAGGAAGGCCCAGCGGUCGGACAACAUGACCUCCAACACAUCGGCCAUCAUGAGGAAGGAAACCAGUUCCAAAUCACUCCCCUCGCUGCUUGUGGUCAUUGCGGCCAUCUUUAUUGGAUUCUUCCUGGGGAAGUUUGUGUUGUAGGAUAAACGCAUCUGUUUUGCCCAGCUCCUUCCAGUCUCUUCUGGGCUGAGGGGCAAAGCGUGUGUUCUUGUCGUUCAGCGUCGCAUCAGUGCUAGUGUGGCCUAAGGCGGCGGGAAAAAAUGCGUCUGUGUACAGAAUCAUUCAAACAGGCCUUGCCUUUUUGCAAUCUCACACGGUUAGUACACAUACACACCAGAAACGAGAAGAACAGUUUCCCUAUUUUUGUUGUUGUUGUUUUCUGUUAUAUUCUUGUGGUGCUGGGUGUUUUUCUUCUUUUUUCCUUUUUUUUUUUGGUUUUAUUUUUGUUUUGUUUGUUUUGGUCCCCCUCCCCCACGGAUGGUGUGGAUCAGAAACUGUACAUUUAUCAAAACAUCAAAACAACACGGUCAAAUCAAGGCCCUGUGUAGAGAGACCUUGAUGAUAAUUGAAAAAAAAUAAAUAAAUAAAUAAAAAAAAAGAGUUCUAUGGCGAAUAAAUAAAAUGAAUUGUUCUCUCUUUCUCUUUGUGGUUUUAAUAAGAGUUGAAUGAAAUGUUUUAACAAAUAUUUUAAGCACUCUAAAAAGGAGAAACAGACCUUCCUUCACAUUGCUGGAUUGCCGGUCUCUUUGAUCGUGAAAAUUGACCUUCAAAUGAAAAAUGAAUUUGUUUUCUUGAAUGUUAACUCAGCUGGGAAAAAUGUGCCUCCUUCCAUGUACAUUAUUUUCUCCCAGUCACCUGACACAAACGCACACACGCACACAUCUUACGGUUAUGUCAAGUCUUACUAGAUUUUUCUUUAUGCAAAUUAUAUACUCAUUUGUGAGGCAACUGUCGACUGAAUAAAGAUCACCACUCUUACAGUCCUGUCCUAUGGUAUUUAACGUUGAGGAUAAGAAAAAUGAAAAUGAAAUAAAAUCUUUAACAUUCUCA